UUGUUGUUUAACACGUCAUACAGUGAAUGUAACUUGACACUGAGAGUGUUUCGAGGAGAGAGUGAAAGUUUGACACUGACAUUGUUGGCUGAUCCGCACAGCUGAGGACAACUGGAAGUAGGUCACUUUCUGAGUCAGUAUGAAUGGCCCCUUCAGUCCCAGGCGAGAACCAGCACCUGACCUCUCCUGUCUGCUCCAGUACAACGAGUGGCUGGCAUGUAGGCAUGAAGCCAGUCUGCUGCCCAUGAAAGAAGAUCUGGCCAUCUGGCUUAACAGAGUCCUUGGUUUGGAUAUUACAGCUGAGAGUUUCAUGGACAGGUUGGACACUGGUGUAGUCUUAUGUCAGCUUGCAGAGGAGAUACAGGAGAAGAUGAUUCUGACCAGCAAUGACAAGCCAUUUAUUCGCCGUGUGAUAAGGUGGCGGCCUGAUGCAACACCGGGAUCGUUCUUUGCUCGGGACAAUGCAGCAAACUUUCUGUACUGGUGCCGUAAGAUUGGGAUGGCGCAGUCACAUCUUUUUGAAUCUGAAGAUCUUGUUCUUCACAGGCAUCCCAGGGAUGUUUGCUUGUGUCUCAUGCAGCUCGGGAGAAUUGCUUCAAGGUAUGGAAUUGAACCUCCCGCACUUGUGAAUCUAGAGAAAGAGAUUGAAAAAGAGGAAGGUGGCUGUUUGUCACCAUCAAUGUUUUUUGGUUCACCUCUGUCCUCUCCAUCCACUCCACCUCUCUUCUUCCCGACUGACCCAAACCCCCCUCCAGUCUCAACAUCGUCUCCUUUCCCCACACCCAUCUCUCCUGCCACACCACCUGCCUCGCCUCCUCUAGACCCACAUCCCUCUCCUCCUUUACUCGCUACCCCUCCCCCAGAUUUAAUCUCCCGGUCUUCCAGCAUCACUGACUUAAACACCCAGUCCAAACCACAGCCUGCAUCACCCUCUACACCAUCACCUGUCAGCACACCCAUCAAAUCUUUAUCAGCCACACCUACAAAAUGCCUUUCAAAGUUUAAUGGAAAAAAGAAUACUGGUAACCUGCUGGAUGAUAUUGUGAGGCAGAUAUCAGAGGACCCACCCUGCAAAUGUCCAGUCAAAUUCUGCAUUGAGAAGCAACCAAAAGGGCAUUAUCGUGUGGGAGACAAAGUUCUCUAUGUCAGGAUGUUGAAUGAUAAACAUGCCAUGGUUCGUGUCGGUGGUGGAUGGGAGAACUUUGGUACAUACUUGUUAAAGCAUGACCCCUGCAGGGUGACUGUGAUUGCCCGGCCCGGAAUCAAAGCCAGCAAGUCUAAUGGCAAAUCCCCAGUCAAGAGAGAGCUGUCCCGGGAUAGUUACAUGGUUGUAGGUAGUCACUCUCGCUUUAAGAAGUAACACUUUAAAAUGUUUAUGGCAGGUGACACUGUGACAAAUCAGAUUAAAUAAAGAGUAGACUGGAUUUCUUAAGAGCCCAGGUGGCUUGAGCUUUAAUAAAACCUCAUAUUUCAUCUUUCCUUGAGAGUGUUUAGUGUUUUAGGGUUUCAGUUGUAGAUAAAGAAGUUAAAAAUGUUUGACUGUUAUUUUCAGGAGAUUGCUUUUAUAUAAGUUAGAUGUCAAAUGAAUUGAAAUAUUUUCUAUUAUUCACAGAUGAUUAGAUAUUGUUCACCCAACUCUUUUAAUGUGAAACUAUGCAAAUGAUAAAGGGCAGGAUCUCUAAUAUUGAAAGAUAACUGGGAAGUCAAUGUGAUCUAUUUGUUUUAUUUUAUUGUAUAAUCUCAAUGGAAGCAGAAAAUGUUCAUCAGUAAUCCUCUAGGUGGCACCCUGUAUCAAGUUAUGAACUAUUUUACAUCAACUGCAAUACAAUUCUGUAUAGAAGUUUGUUUUGAGAUCUGUGGACAUACUGUUAUGCAAACAUAACAUAUCAACUUUAUAUCCUUACAUCAUGUAUACAUUUCCAAAGUUUUUGUAAACUCAGGAUAUAUAUUUUUACUCAAGAUAAAUAAAGGGCAUCACGUGUUUGCUAUAGCAAACCAAAUUCAAUCAAGGCAUCUCUCUUUCAACAUUUUUUAUCUUAUUAAUUUAGAAAAAAUUAAGAUUUUGUCAUCAUUCAAUUUUAAUGUUGUUCUAAACCUGCAUGAGUUUCUUUUUUCUGUUGAACACAAAGACAUGAAAAACAGACACUAUGGAAGUCAAUGAGAACUGUUAACUAUGUGCUAACCAUCAUUUAUCAAAACAUCUUUUGUGUUCAACAGAAAAAAGAAACUCAUACAGGUUUGGAACAACAUGAGGGUGAGUAAAUGAUGACAA